UGCCACGUGAUUUCCCUCUUGGCACGUCGGCGUUGUUGAUGGAUUCCGCGACUUUCCGACAGUCAGGGAGGAACCUCCGAUCCAGGAAGGGCCGAAAUUGAGGGAAAAAAUAUAUUUCGGCUACUCCGUGGCGGGUCCUACCUUUUUUUUCUCCACGACUCAAUUGUCCUAUGCACAGGGUCCCUUAUCCCAUUCGAUCUGCAAUAUUACUUGACAUAAAAAUACAUUCAAAAAUUAAUGAAGGUGACAAGCGUGUCUUGCACCCAGGACUUUAUGGACUUUCUGUCAUCAACAUCUGUCUCACCCGCACUGUCGGCGAACGUACUGGUCCAGGCAGGGACUCCACCCUCUAUGACUUCGUAACAAUAUAUAGACCCACCUCCCAACGUGUUGGAAGAGACCGAAGCGGUCGACUACUUACUCUGCCAAACACCAUCAAAUCGAUGGCCUUCUCUGUUAUCCAAUCUCGCUUCCCCCUCGCGUUUCUCAAUUCCGCAUCUCGGUAUUCGCUUGACUCAAGCGCUGCAGACUGGAGAACUAGCUCAAGGAGAAGAUACUGUUUUUCAGGGAAUGCCAGUUCUUUUCCCGGACUAAAUCUCAAGUUACUUAGUGCUCCCAUCCUUCCAUGUCUCACUCUCCGAUAAUGAUUUAACCAAGUCAUGACAAUCUAUCAAAACAAUAGUACACUGAAAGCGUCACGUCAAUUGGGGCUCCAUCCUAUCUCGGCGUAUGAUUGUUUUCAGCGGUUUGUCAUCGAGUGAUCGCAACACUGUCCUGACGAAUGGGAUUCCAAGCAGUCCAUGAUUGGGAACUAUGGGCCAUGGGUGAUUCUUGAUGACGGUCGCGCCAGGUAUUCAUCCACCUGGAAAGAU